CUACUUUCUUCUUUCGGAGCAAAAUUCUAAAUACAUAAAUCUGAAUUCUAUUGAACGCUCCCACUUUAUAUUUUGCUUUGCGGCGAAUCCGUGAUCAUGUGUCAGUGUCAAAAUUGACAGUUCAAAUUCGCACCUGCACGUCCUUUCAAAAACACUUUUUCGGUAUGGACGAAAAAAAUUCUACCUGAGAAGAAAACGAAAGAAAAAAAAAUACUUUCAAGGUGACUAUAUUUAUAAAUAUUGCAAAAUAUAUCAUAAUUCAAUUAAAAAAUUGCCAAAUUAUUAAAUGAGUCUAUUUAAUGCGCAUUAUAUCAUUAAGCAUAUCCCCAACAAGUACCUACAAUGUUUUCUCUCAUCAUAUCCAUUUUAAAGUAAAAAAAAAGUUAUUUUCAUCGUUUCGUUUGUGUUGCAAAGAAGUGUGAGCGAACGUGAACCUAAUUUUUUAUAUUUGUUGACGGUGACGGCUCAUCGAUAUAAAUAUACUCUUCUUCAACAACAAUAGACUUAAAAAUAAGCUUAAGCUUUAGUUCGCCACACAACAAAACACAAUGCCCGGUAAGGUUGGAGUGAAAAUCAAGGCUGGGCGUAAUUUGCCUAUAAUGGAUCGCAGUAGCGAGACCACUGACGCCUAUGUUGAAAUCAAAUUAGGCGGUGUCACUCACAAGACAGACGUUUGUCGUAAAAGUCUCAAUCCACAAUGGAAUACUGAUUGGUUCCGUUUCGAAGUUGACGACGCUGAAUUACAAGAUGAACCACUUCAAAUCCGUUUAAUGGACCAUGACACAUAUUCAGCCAACGAUGCUAUUGGCAAAGUGAAUAUAAGCUUGAAUCCACUUUGUCUGGAAACGGCAAGUCAGUCGACUACGGGAAAAGGUGCCGUCCUUUCGGGAUGGAUUCCGGUUUUUGAUACAAUGCAUGGGAUUCGUGGCGAGGUCAAUAUCAUUGUCAAAGUAGAUUUGUUUUCGGAUGUUAAUAAAUUUAGACAAAGUUCGUGUGGUAUUCAAUUUUUUCAUUCUUCUUGUGUUCCACAUGGAUAUCGAGCUCAAAUUAUUCAUGGAUUUGUUGAAGAAUUAGUUGUAAAUGAUGAUCCCGAAUAUCAAUGGAUUGAUAAAAUUCGAACACCUAGAGCUUCGAAUGAAGCUAGACAAGUUGUUUUUCUUCGUCUUUCUGGACAGGUCCAGCGAAAAAUUGGUUUGAAAGCAAUCAAUCUGGGUGCAAAUGCUGUUAUUGGCUACAAUCAAUGCUUUGAUUUGGAGGGUGACGUCGGAGUUGUAGCUAGAGGCAUAGGAACUGCUGUAACACUAAUUAAAAUCCCAGAACACAAUGCUCAAACUCUUGCCGACAAUACAUUAAUUGAAGAGCAAACACUAAACUAUCUUGAAUUUCUAACCGGAGCUAAUGAUCCAUGCAAUGAUUAUUUCACAAUAGUAGAAUCUGACCGAAAUUUGCUAUCCGAUCAGACUAAAAAACCACAACUCAGAAGUCCUUCGGACGAUGAGAAUUUCACUGAAAAUUCUAAUAUGAAAUCCCUUUUGCGGCAAGAGGAACGACGUGGAGAGAAACCCCGUACAAAACUUACUCAUCAUGUUAAACGAAUCAAAAACAAAUCCCGAAUGAUUAUUCACAAAAAAUGUGGGGCAUUUAAGAAAAAGCUCAGCGACACAGAAAAGUCUGACAAUGAAACAAAGUCAUUGAGUAGUUCAUACUCUACAUUGUCCAUUAUCGAUCCCAUUCGCUUGUCACUAAUGGAUCUAAGAAAUGCGGUUGGACUUAAUAAAUCACCAAAGCAUUUGAUGCAGCGUUCAAUAAGUGACGCAACUGUGUCGUCUGUUGAAAAGCCAGUUAUGAAUUUCCAGUCGACCCUUCAUGAUUCGAUUCGUUCAUCACCAGACAUUGUAACAAAACCAGAGAGGGUAGACAUGAGAGAAGUUUCUCAGUCAUCAGAUUCGACAACGUCAACAGAGAUUAUGAGAACUUUUCCCAAAACUUGUGAAGAUGUAGAUUCAAUACCAAUUAUCACAGAGGAGAGUGGUGCCUCCUCGGCUGGUGAAGUAAAUCAAUCAAGAGAUGGGAAAGAAUCAAGAGAUGGCAAAGUCGUCAAUGCCAUUGUUGACGAUGAAGAUUUACGCCGGAUAUUAAAGAGCCUUGCCAUGAAUGAACCUAAUGAAGAUGAUAUUGAUAUUAAAUCGUCGUCCUCUAGUGACGAUGACGACGGCGAAGAGGAAGACGAUGAGAGAUCUGAAGAUGAUGAGGCUGAUGAAAUAAAUUGGAUGCAGCCAGGUACAACAGUUGAUGAACUUGAAUGUGUAAUGGAUGAAAGGCGUGGAUCGUUGCUGCACGAUUUAAAAGACAAUAUUGCUACAAAAUAUCAGCAGCUACAGGAAGUUAUGCAACGCUCCAAACAAUCUCCCGAAAAGAAAAAAGCCAAGGAUAGUAAAAAAUCACCAGAAUCAGAAGACGAUGAAAAAUCACCAUCUCAAGUUGCAGACAUAAAUAUAGUUGUUGUAACUGCAGAUCCAUAUAUACCAACAACAGUCAUAGAUCUAUGCACUACUGGAGACUCUGAUACAAUACCAUCUACAGUUGCGACAGCUGCAUUAGAAAACAACGUACCAAAAAAAGAUGAAUUUCGAAGCUUAGACGUGCCGGCGCUUACUCUAACCAAUCUUAAACCUAAACAAAAUCGCAACAAAAAGAACGACUUCUAUUCCUCUCAACCAGAAAUCAUUGAGGGAACUAAUUCGCUUUGUGCUUUGCCCCUUGAAUCGUCCUUUGUUUCGCUAGCAAAUUUCUCUCCAUGCCAAAAAUCACCGGUGCCGUCGCCUGCGCAUUCGCCUUCGCCGAAAAAGCUUCCCAAUAGUGCAAUUGCUAGUCUCGCUAAAAAUUGUGUUACAUUUACCUCGCCUAUUUUGCAGAUUUGUCCAUCCACUCCAACGCCCACUGAAUCCGAUUCAUCCCAAAUGUCUCCGACGGAGCACUUUUCCCCUCACAAUUUAUUCCCACAUCCCAAACGUCGUCCCAUCACAACCAAUAUGCCGCCAGAAAAAUGUGACUCUGAGUGGUCCCUUAGCAAUAAAUCUAUAAAUCACUCACAAUCCCUUGUGACUUUGAGUAACCAUACUAACAGCUCGUCAUUGCUUGCACCAUCUACUCCAUUGUCCAUAAAACAUAAUAGAUCAUCAACGGAGGUAGUGUCAUCAUCAUCAACGGCUGCUGCGGCUAGUGGGGGUAGUUCAGCACCAGCUGGUAUUCCUGUACUUGACAAACGGGCGAGCCCUGUGUGUAGGACAAUGGCCAGUUCUGGAGGGCACAUCCGACAUGACUCAACCAGCUCGAAGAUGUCUCCAAGUCCAUCAAAAACAGUUGGCAUAAGUAGUACAGGAGCAGCAGCAGCUGCAGCUGCAACACAAACAACAUCUGGUGCUAAAGAUAUUGAGAUAUGCAGAAGAUCAUCUGAUUCCGAUUUGAGUGUUACACCAAAAGUUUAUGGUCGUAAAAGAAACUCAAUAUGUGUACCAAGUGAAAGACUAAUUGCAGCAACAGCAUCUAUGCGUCUUAAUGCCGGAGUUAAUAUAAAAUCAAAUCCAGAAAACUUAGAUAUGCUUGAGUAUCCAUUUUUGACAUUAACAAAAUACCCAACAGGAUUUAUACUUCAUUUGGGAGCUACAGUUGCUGCGCGUUCUGUAAAACUUCUCGAAAGAGUUCCAAAUCCCGAUGAGCCCGAAACACGAGAUUCAUGGUGGACAGAGUUGAGAAUGGAAAUACGUUCACACGCCCGAGCUUUGGGAUGUAAUGUUGUUCUUGGUUAUUCCGAAGCAACAACUAUAUCUGAUGAUGUAUGUGUUCUCUCAGCAACGGGUACAGCAGCUGUUAUUAACAUGUUAUACAAUCGCACUGCUUCUCAAAUUGAAUUGACUGGCGUCAAGCCUCCAGCAAUGUCAACAUCCCUCGAAGAACGUGAUAUACUGAAAGAAGUUAAACAUCUGGUCGAUCCAUCUUCGGCAUCAAAAGAUAUAAUGUCGACUUCCUACGGAGUGACACCGAAAAAUUCGUUGCUGAGUCAACUAACCAGUCCCAAACUUGCCUGCACCAUGUGCCAUGUACCAUAUAGUCUUGCCUCGGUACCAUUCAAUGUGAAAAUGAAAAGAUGUGCUGUUUGUCGAAAGGGCAGAGUACCAGAUGUAUUAAUGGCCACAGUAGAAAUCCCAGAUUCAUUGUUGGUUACGGGUCGAGGUUGUUUUAUGCAAGCUCAAGUAGUUCGUGCUAAAAAAGAUUUGCGUUCUGAAUCAAAUGCCAAAGAGAUAUCCGACGGUUUGCCAUUUUUAGAAUAUGAACUUCAUAGAGUGCUCAUAAAUAAAUUAAAAGCCAAAGGUAUGAAUGCCAUAUUCGGUCUGAAAGCUCAAGUGUCAAUUGGUGAGCGAAUGAUUGCGCUCAUUGCUACUGGAACAGCAAUUUUCCUUAAAGCCCUGCCUCCCCCAUCGGUGCCAAAAAUUGUCGCUGGUAAUUCUUGGACAGAUAAAGCUAAACUUAAUGAAUUGCAAAAAAAUUUACAAGAAACUUACGAGCGCAAUCGAGAAAUCUAUCAACUUAAAUCAAUGGAUCCAGACUAUGAACCAAGUGCCCGAUGCCAAUCGGAUACUGAUGAAUCGGAUGAUGAAAUUCUUGAGAUGGAUCUUAAUACUGGAAAUAAAGAUGCUUGUGUUUUGGAAGUCGAUGAUAUUGAAGAUUUGGAAAUUAUUUCACUUUUAAUGGAACCUUCACCACCAAGUGGUUUUCAUGUGGUGAAUACACAGACUGUGCCAGGCUUAAAUGAUAUGGAAAUAGUGAGAAACUUGCAAUUUUUCACACAAGUUUGGCGAGCGAAAUUGGGUCACAACCAAGGUGUCAAUGGAUUAGCUAAUCAUUUUCAAAGACUUUGCCAGACUAUAUUUUUCAAACUACGCAGCAUGAUGCCAUGUGCAAUAUGUGAUCUUAGAUUUCUUUUAGAUCUUCCAGAGAGUGAUGAAAUCCAACUUCUGGUAACAGGAAUGGCAUUGGGACUUGGAGAAGUAAAUAAAUUUAAAAAUCGACGAAAGACCAUUAAUAAUGAUGGAGCAGUUAAUGUGAAUGGAUCAAUUAAAAAGUCACAUGAUGAGGAAUUAAUAUUUCCUUUGGAUGAAGAUCAAGCUGUGGAAACACCUACUCCAGUACCCAGUACACCUGUACCAUCCUCUUUAUAUGGAAAUUAUUCAUUAAAGUAUAGAAAAGGUUCACCAUCGUCCGUUAAGAUGAAUGCUUCGAGAAGUAUGAAACAUUACCCAAUAAGAGAACGAUUCGGAAUUGACAUAACUCCGCUGACUUACGUUCCUGGUGGAAAAAUUGAGAAGUACCUUGGCAAUUUAAAUUUCUUCUUUAUCCGAGAAAGUACAUCUGUACGGGAAAUUGGUGGAAUAAGUGGAUUCGUGCACAGUUUUAUCACAGAGUUACUGGCUGUUGUUCGAGCACAUAUUACAACACUAGGUGGUAAUGCAAUGGUCGCAUUUUACAUGACAGAAUUAAUUCUUGUCGACAAUCAGCAUAAGAAUCAGGCGCAGUGUCUGGUAAGCAUCGGCGGUGAUGUUGUUCAUGUGUCCUACCACACUGAUGACUGAUAUUCAAAAAUGAGAGGGAUCUAGCGUUUAUAUUUCAUGACAAGACCUACAAAAGUUAUACCUCCUAAACAACAAUAACUUUUUCCUAUAAAAAGUUGCUCUCUUGUCUAAGACCCCCCUCCUCCUAAUACCCCAAUUGUUCAGUUUAUUAAUGCAAUAUUCGUACUUAAUUUUAACGAAACCACAAAAAUAGUCAAAUACUUACAAAUGAGGACGAUGCAAUUAUGUAUUUUUUUUUUUUUUAUUUUAACUAGCUUAAUAUGGUUGUUAUUUUAUUACAAUAUUUUGGAAUUUAAUGAUUUAUUAAGAAAUGAAGUUUAAUUUAUUUUGAUAAAAUGAUAACACAUGACCAACAAUUUAAUGAAUUUAUAUAAAAAUAAAAGAAAUCAAUAAGCAAUGAUUGAGAUUUUAUAAUAAUUAUGCUUAGAAAAAAUCGAAAAAAAUAUAUUUUAUCAUGUUUUAACUUAAAAGUAAAUGGAAAAUUAUAAUAAAUCAUUGAAGACAUUUUAAUUACGUAGAUAUACAUAAAUUAUAUUAUUUACAAAAUUAAUCUUGUUAAUGCAUUUGUAUACUCAUUGGUAGACGAAGUGUAAUAAAUAUACAUUGACUAUUUAAAUGUGUGUAUGUGUGUGUCCCUAGAGCAAUUAUAAAUUGCUACAAAAUAAAUUAAUCCUAUUUAAGAACUCACGGUUGAAAAUUUAACUUUUGAUUUUAUCACAACCAGAAACAGAAAAAAAGAAUUGUGUUAAAUUUUAUUUGUUGAUAAAUAAGAUUUCGUUAUAAGAAAGUGUUCAGAAGGUUUAUUUAUUUAAUGAUUUUGAAAUAAAAAAUAUA